UUUUUAUCAAACAGUCGUACCAACACGUAGCAUCGCAAAUACAAUUUAGAAACUUCCGCGACCAUAGCAAAGUUGUUCCGCAUCUACUUUACACCGGUGUGAAUUGCUGUACAUAUAAUAUUUAUCCCAACAUACGAUGUCUAGAGUAGACGAAGUCGAAGAAGUAGAUCAAUCGGCGGACAGCGGCAUGGGUAGUAGCGACGCACAUUCUCCCGAGGUGAAAUCGCUUUUUCCCGAUGACGAGGAUGACGAAGAGGAUGAAAGCUUGGCAGAAAGAUUAUUGGGACUUACGGAAAUGUUUCCGGAAGAAGUACGUAAUUUGGGAUAUAACGUCGGUACUUGUUUAUGCAAUUGUAUGAAAGGGUUAUACGCAUUUUCAUGUUCAGCAGCAUGGUUAUUCUUCAGUUCAUCAGCCAUUUUAUUUGCACCUAUAUUGUUCGAAAUAGAACGAGUGCAAAUGGAGGAAGCACAACGCACUCAACAAAAACAGGUUUUAUUAGGUCCUAGUAAAGCCAUGUCAGGCGUAAGCGCUUCGAGUCUUCCAAUGGCUCCACCGGUUCAGCAAUAAUAGCAAUGAUACCGUCGAUGUUGCAUUCGAAUCAUCAGAAGUCGAUCGUUCCGUUCACCGUUUCUAUUUAUAUUAGUAUAACAACUCCAAUUCUAAUAUCUCACAAACGCUCGUACAUCCAUAAGUUUAUCAUAUAUUGUUCAUCGUAAAAAAUUCAAAUCAAAUAGUACAGAAAAGAACGAAACGAAUCA